AUGCAUACUGAUCAUGUUGUCCUGGCUCCUACAGAUGCUUCAUGGGACGCUGAGGACGAGGACGAGGUGAGCAUCAUGUCAGUCUCCAUGGUAACAGACUCAUAUCCGUCCAGUGAUAGGUCUGUGGUCUCUGUGACCCCGGCGGUUACCAACGUCACAGAACAAGAGCGUGACGCCCUGCUGGCUGUGGCCGAGGUGGUGGUGCUGGCGGUCAUCUUGGUGAUGGCGUUGCUCGGCAACGGGCUGGUUUUAGUGGUGUUGCUGAGGCGGCGACGACACAACAACCCACUCCACCAGUUCAUGCUCAACCUCUGUCUGGCAGACCUGGUGGUGGCACUGUUCCAGGUGUUGCCCCAGCUGGUGUGGGAUGCCAAGGGCCGGUUUCCUGGCCCCGACUUCCUGUGUCGCCUGGUGAAAUAUCUCCAGGUCCUCGGGAUGUUUGCCUCCUCCUACAUGAUCGUGGCCAUGACACUGGACAGGCACUACGCCAUCUGCUGCCCCCUGCAGGCGCACAGCAGCGGGGCCACGCAGCGCUGGAACACGUUCACACUGCUGGCCUGGGGCCUGUCGCUGCUGCUCAGCCUGCCACAGGUGUUCAUCUUCUCUCGUUCGGAAGUGGCCCCCGGGGUGUAUGAUUGUUGGGGCAACUUUGCUGAGUCCUGGGGCCUCAAGGCCUAUGUGACCUGGAUGACCCUGGCUGUCUUCAUCCUCCCUGUCCUCAUCAUCACUGUCUGCCAGGUGAGAAUCUUCAAGGAGAUCCACAACAACCUGUACCUGAAGUCAGAGCGCCGCCUCUCCCCUGCCUCCCUCCCCGCCUCCAGACGGGACAGCCAGAGAGCAGGAGGAGGAGGAGGAGGCAGAGGGAGGUCCAGCCUCUCCCUGUAUCCUCCACCUCCCAUCUUCAACAACCAUGUGAGUCACAGCGGCUUUGACCCAGGACCCACCUGUCACCACAUGGCGAUGGGCCCCCUGGGCUCCGGCAGCAUGGCUUCACAUUGUGAUGUUCACGCCUACACCACCGUCCACCCCGGUGAGUUCCACCAAGGAGGAGUAUUGACUGUAGGCCUGCCCCUUCCGGCCAAAGCCCCCCCAGCCCGGGGCGGAGAGGUGUCAGCGGCCAUGUCCAAGACAGUGAGGAUGACGCUGGUCAUAGUGAUGGUCUAUUCACUCUGCUGGGCUCCUUUCUUCAGUGUGCAGCUGUGGGCCGCCUGGGACCCCGACCACCCUCAGAACGAUGCUGUGUUCACCCUGCUGAUGCUGCUGGCCAGUUUGAACUCGUGCACCAACCCCUGGAUCUACUCUGCCUUCUCCAGCAGCGUCUCUCCGGAGCUCCGCCUGCUGCUGCUCUGUCGCGCACACACACAGCGCCGAGGCUCCAUACCAAACGACUCCACAACCACACACACCUCCAAC